AUGGAACUGAGCUGCUGGGGCCUAGAGAGGCUAAGAGGGCCUCAGGAUCCACGUAGAGCCUGGAGAUGUGUGGUCAGACGUGUUCCCACAGCCAGCAGUAACACACUUCUGAAAACACUAGAUCACGAACCAAAACACAAAGAGACAAACAACAGCGGUGAGUUGGAAUCGUUCUACAAUCACGACGCCCCCUCUUCAGCGCUCGGCUGGCGCCGGCUCUGGUCAGACUCCAGAUAUCAGAUAUCAGCUCCAGGACACUGUAUCAUCACUGUGAAUACAACACUCCUGAAUGAAGAUGACAACAGAGAGUGGAGAUGUGAAGUUACUCACAGAAAUCAAGUCAAGACCUCAGUCACAUAUACUGUCAAGAGUUCAGGUACCAGUGGAGUGGAUGAUACUCAUGUGUUCAUCAGUUCUGGUGAAAAUGUCUGUCUGCCCUGUAAUAAUGAUCUUCGUGACUGCACAUCAACUACAUGGAACUGUAACAAUAAUUCAGCAGCAGUUGAACUGUUUGCUGGAGGGAAAAAGAAGAAUAACAUAGAGAGACAUGAGAGACUGAGUCUGGGGUCUGACUGCUCUCUGAACAUCAAGAACAUCACAAAAGAAGAUUAUGGACUUUACACCUGCCAGCAAUGGACAGUGAAUGGACAAAAAAAAGGAACUGAUGCACGUGUUUAUCUGCAUGUUCUUCAUGUCUCUUCAUCAUCCUCACAGACUGAGAUCAGUGCAGGCAGCUCUGUGACUCUCUCCUGUCAGUUGUUUUCAUAUUCAUAUUCAUAUGCUGGAGUCUCUUGUGAUGAUUCAGGUCGUUCUGAGGGAAUUCAGCUGUUCUGGGUGAAUCAGGCUGGUGUUAAUCUGACAAUAUCAGACUCCAGAUAUCAGGAAUCAGCUCCAGGACACUGUAUCAUCACUCUGACUACAACACUCCUGAAUGAAGAUGACAACAGAGAGUGGAGAUGUGAAGUUACUCACAGAAAUCAAGUCAAGAUCUCAGUCACAUAUACUGUCAAGAGUUCAGGUGAGAAAACAAUCUCAUCAAUCAUUUUUAGACCUUUAUAA